AUGAACGCUCCCAACAUGGUAUUCCGGGCUGCUUUGCUAAGAUCAGCUCUUCGACGGGCGACCGCUGGAAGAAAAGAAGUGGCAAGUCGUCAACUGUCUUCUGUCACUACUUCGAAGGCUGAACCUAAACCAGGCUUCUUUGGGGCAUGGUACAACAUAUUUGGAAGCUCUACCGCAGGCUAUGCCACUUGGUUAGCCCUUGGAAUUGUCUUGGGUGAAGCUUUCACUGGCUCGCUCACAUCAACCCUCUGGAAUUUAGUCAACCAUGGCAAGACCUUUGAGACCAUGGACUGGAGCAAGUUCGACCCCGUAGACGAGGAAGAGGAAGAAGACGACGAUGAUGACGACGACGAUGAUGAGUAA